CCAGACUGAUCGAAAUGUCGAUUUGCAUGUGUAUAUAUAUACGCGGAUAAAUCAUUACUGCAGAAUCAGAUGGAAGUGGAACCCUACGAUUAGAGAGUCGUAAACGAGUUUCCUCGUCGUUAUCUCAUUCGUCGAAGAAGACAGGCGCCAAAUCACACACACAGAGAUACACACACACUUUAAGCUUUCAACAAUGGACGCAAUCGAUCCAACUCGCGGAUUUCUUAAAGAUGUUAAGCGUAUCGUUAUCAAGGUUGGGACAGCUGUUGUCACUCGAGAUGAUGGAAGACUUGCUCUGGGAAGAUUAGGAGCACUUUGCGAGCAGAUCCAAGCACUAAAUUCUCAAGGAUUUGAGGUUAUCUUGGUGUCAUCUGGUGCUGUUGGAGCUGGUAGACAAAGGCUUAGAUACAGGAAACUAAUCAACAGCAGCUUUGCGGAUCUGCAGAAACCACAAGCUGAGCUUGAUGGAAAGGCAUGUGCAGCUGUUGGACAAAAUGGUCUUAUGGCACUUUAUGAUACACUGUUUAGCCAACUGGAUGUGACAUCAGCUCAGCUUCUCGUGACUGAUAAUGACUUUAGGAGUUCAGAAUUUAGGAAACAACUUACUGAAACCGUGGAUUCUUUGUUAUCUUUAAAAGUUAUUCCUGUAUUCAAUGAGAAUGAUUCCAUUAGCACCCGCAGAGCUCCAUAUGAGGAUUCUUCUGAUGGGCUGUAUAGUGGGCCUCCUAGUGAUCCUCAAUCAAAGCUGAUUUAUACAUACAUCAAGGAAAAACUGGAGAAUACAAUUACUUUUGGUGAUAAGUCUAGGCUAGGAAGAGGUGGUAUGACUGCUAAAGUAAAAGCUGCAGUUUAUGCUUCACAAGCUGGCAUCCCUGUUGUCAUCACCAGUGGCUUUGCUGGGGACAAUAUUGUAAAAGUUCUUAGAGGACAACGCAUUGGUACACUAUUCCACAGAGAUGCUCAUACAUGGAUCCCAAGUGGGGAGUUAAAUGCACGUGAAAUGGCAGUUGCUGCAAGAGAAAGUUCUAGACUCCUUCAGGCCAUGCCUGCAGAAGAGAGGUGUAAAAUCUUACUAGCUAUAGCUGAUGCACUGGAAGCAAAUGAGAAAAUGAUUUUACAUGAAAAUGAAGCUGAUGUGGCAACUGCACAAGAUGAUGGAUAUGAAUCAUCAUUAGUAUCUCGUUUGGCUCUCAAGCCUGGGAAGGUCUCUAGUCUUGCAAAAGCAAUUCGUGUGAUUGCAAAAAUGGAAGAACCAAUUGGUCAAGUAUUAAAGAGAACAGAGCUGUCAGAUGGAUUCAUCUUAGAAAAAAUGUCAUCUCCAUUGGGUGUCCUACUUGUUAUCUUUGAGUCACGACCUGAAGCACUAGUUCAGAUAGCAUCAUUGGCCAUCAGAACUGGGAAUGGGCUCUUAUUAAAAGGAGGAAAGGAAGCAAAACGGUCUAAUGCAAUCUUGCACAAGAUUAUUACUCAAUGCAUCCCAGACACAGUUGGUAAAGGGUUAAUCGGUCUCGUGACUUCUAGAGAAGAAAUUCCUGAAUUACUCAAGCUUGAUGAUGUCAUCGAUCUUGUGAUUCCAAGAGGCAGCAAUGAACUAGUUUCUCAAAUAAAGUCUGCAACAUUAAUACCUGUUCUUGGUCAUGCUGAUGGAAUUUGUCAUGUCUAUGUUGACAAAUCUGCCGACAUGGAAAAAGCAAAAAACAUAGUUUUGGAUGCAAAAACAGAUUACCCAGCAGCCUGUAACGCUAUGGAAACUCUUCUUGUUCAUGAAGAGUUGCUGCAGAAUGGUGGUGUUAACGAGCUUCUCAUUGAACUUCAAACCAAAGGUGUGAGUAUAAAUGGUGGUCCAAAGGCAUGUUCUUUGCUUAAUCUUCCACAAGCACCAUCAUUUCAUCAUGAGUACAGUUCAAUGUCGUGCACUAUUGAAAUUGUUGAUGAUGUGCAUGCUGCCAUUGAUCAUAUACACAAGCAUGGAAGUGCGCAUACUGAUUGCAUUGUAACAGAAGACAUGGAAGCUGCAAACAUAUUUCUGCGUUUAGUUGACAGUGCUGCUGUGUUUCAUAAUGCAAGCACAAGAUUUAGUGAUGGAUUUCGUUUUGGUCUUGGUGCAGAGGUUGGUAUAAGUACUAGCAGGAUUCAUGCUCGUGGGCCCGUAGGAGUUGAAGGAUUGCUAACAACGCGAUGGAUUGCGCGAGGAAGUGGACAAGUGGUGGACAAUGAUAAAGGGGUUGUGUAUACGCACAAGGAUCUUACCCAGCAAGCUUAAAAUUAGUGCUCCGGUCAAACCUAUGGCGAGCAGCUAUUACCUGUGGAUGAUUUUUGUUGCCUGAGCCACGUGUGUGUGUGUGUUAAUUGUUAUCUAUCAAGUGUGGAAGAUAUGAAGGUAGGGACAACAUUUAAAUGAUGAUGAUGAUGGUGAUGGAGAUGAUGAUGAUGAUGAUGAUGAUGAUGGUAUAUUUGUCCUUAGAAAACCAAAAUUACUAAAAUGUUGUACAAUUAUAUUUGACAGCACCGGCUUUUUAUGUGUUCGUGACGUAUAAGCGAACCAGGCUGGUGACUGUUGACUGAACUAUUUUUAUUUAAUAAAUUAUUUUUUAUUUGUUUUUGGGAUGUGGAGAGAUUGGAGGGGAGGGGAACAACAUUUGGGUGUC